UUAAUUAAAUAAAAAACUAUAAUACAUUCCUAAUUGUAUCAAGUUUUUGUUUUAUAUAUUAAUAACAUAAUGGCAGAGAGCGAUAAACAGUUUUUUGGACCCUUAACUUUGCAUCAGAAAUGUGAAAAAGCAAUAAUUUUUAAGACUGAUGAACCCUCUGAUUGUCCAUGUGUCCUUUGUGAAGAAAUUUUCACUUUACCUGCUGCUGAGAAGCCAAUGCUGACACAUUUGUUCAUGAAACAUCGUCUGGUCAUCGCAGAUGUAAACCAAAUACCGGAUCUAAAAGCUUACAUGAGAUAUUGGAGACUUAGAUUCAAAGAUCAAAACCUGCCCUUUUUCUGCACCACAAUGCUAUUAGACUCCAAACCGGAUGGCACAAAAUCCAAAAAUGAGGAAUACUUUUUACUGAGUGACAUUCUACCAGAAGAUAAAGAACUCAGACAGAACCUCAUACAGGAAAAACUAGAGAAGCUUCUAGAAAGGCAUGCAUUCGAGCGAGAAGAUAAAAAUUACUCAAGGGAGUGCCUUUUCUGUAGAUUUGUAUCUCAUUCAACUAGAGCGAGUUAUUUGAAUCAUUUGUAUGAGAAACAUAAUUUUCAUAUUGCUAAACCAGACAAUCUAGUGUUCGUCGAUGAACUGAUAGACCUGUUAGCGUCAAAGCUUGAAAAACUCCAGUGUAUAUACUGCGAGGGACUGUUCAAAGACAGAAAUAUAUUAAAAGAACACAUGAGGAAGAAGGGGCAUAAAAGAAUAAAUCCUGCAAACAAAGAAUACGACAAGUAUUAUCUAGUGAAUUAUAUUGGAGAAAAACAAACACAUAAAGAUAAUCAGAAGCAUUCGAGACUGUGUUAUAGGGAUGAGAACGACUCUAAUCCAGAUAGCGACCCAGAAUGGUCGGAAUGGAAGGAGGAGAAUGGUGGAAUGAUAACAUGCUUGUUAUGUGAUCAUACGGAAUCAGAGUAUGAGGUUAUGUUAAACCACAUGAAGGUAAAACACGAGUUCUCAUUUUCAAAAGCUACAAAAGGCCUAGAUUUUUACCAAAAAGUCAAGGUGGUAAACUAUAUAAGACGACAAAUACAUUUAAAACAGUGUCUGUCGUGUGAAACUAAGUUUGAUGAAACAACAAAUUUAGAGAAACACAUCAAGGAAAUGAAGCAUUGGGUAUUGACCAAGGAAAAAUGGGACCAACCCGAGUAUUAUUUUCCAACGUAUGAAGAUGAUCUGUUCCUGUGUUUUAUCCAAGACGAUGAUGAGAGCUGGUGGUCCAGCGAUGAGCAAGAAGUGGACAGACGGAAUAGUAUGUCAGAUAAUAUUUCUAAAGAAAUGGCGUUAUCUGUAUUAAGUGAGUGAAUGUAUAGAUACAAUAUUGGUUUAACGAUGUUUG